AUGAAGAAUCAGAGUGUGGUGAAGGAAUUUAUCCUGUUAGGAUUUCCAGAUGUGCCCUCCAUAAAGAUGACAAUUUUUGUUUUGUUUUUGGUGUUUUAUGUGUCUACACUGAUUGGAAAUAUGCUCAUCAUUAUUACGACUGCCAUCAAUUCUCAGCUUCACACUCCCAUGUAUUUUUUCCUCAGCAACCUCUCUUUCCUGGAGAUUCUCUAUAUAUCGGCCACCAUUCCAAAAAUGCUUGUUAAUGUCCUACUGAAAAGCAGUUCAAUCUCUUUCAUGGUCUGUGCUGCCCAAACAUUUCUUUUCAUUGCGCUGGGCAGCAUUGAGUGCACUUUGCUUGCGGUCAUGGCAUAUGAUCGUUAUGUUGCUAUCUGCAAUCCACUGCAAUAUAUUGUUGUGAUGGAUAUCACUUCCUGCUUAUCAUUAGUUUGUAGCUCAUGGGUUAGUGGAUUUCUCAAUUCAAUGGUCCACACUAUUCUUACUUUUCAUCUGCAUUUCUGUUCAUCAAAUAAACUUAAUCAGUUUUUCUGUGACAUCCCACCCUUGUUGAAAGUGUCCUGCAGUAAUACAGCCAUUAAUGAACUUGUUUUAUUUAUAGUUGGAGGAAUUUAUGGACUCGGAUCAUUCAUAACUACAUUAAUUUCUUACCUACAUAUAAUUUCAACAAUACUAAAAAUAAAAUCCAAAGAGGGACAGAGGAAAGCAUUUUCCACUUGUGCAUCUCAUCUAAUCGUUGUAACGUUGUUCUUUGGAACAUCUUUCUCUGCAUAUCUAAAACCAACUACCAAAGAAGAGUCGCAGGAACAAGAAAAGCUUGUCCCGGUUUUUUAUGCUGUAAUAACACCAACUUUAAACCCUAUCAUAUAUACAUUGAGGAAUAAAGAAUUCAACAAUGUCUUGAGAAAAAUGUGCAGGACCAUUUUUGCAGAUAACAUGUACUCAAAUAAAGAAAUUAAAAGAAGCUGA